UGUCCUGAUUUUGCUGUCUCUGUUGGAGUCUCUACCUCCCCUUUUCCCAGUCCUUUUGUUUUCUCCUCUCCCAGAAAUGCAUCUCCACCUUCUUCCUCUCUCCCCCCCACCCAAAAAUCCGAUCCUAUCCUCGCCAGAUGUCGUCCUUACAGGACCUUCUUGCCGAGGACGGCUUCCACCGCCGCAGCUCUUCACGACCCACCAAGCCAAAAAACCGACUCACUCCCGACAAUUCAGUAUCUCUUCCAAUCUACAUCUGCCGUGACCGUAAGACCAUCCACCGCCCCGAAAAGUCAGUCACCCAAAAUGGGUCAUCAGUGUUUCCCUCCAAACGGGCAGCCCCAAAGGCAGCGAGUUCGAAUUCCAAGUCACGGGCCUCAGAGGAUUCGCGCCAGGACGAGCCGGCGAUCGAUGAGGUUGCAGUGCGAGCAAUCAUCUCAAUCCUCGGUGGGUACGUUGGCCGAUUCAUGAAGGACGAGAGCUUCCGGAACAGGGUCCAUAGUACCUGCAUGGCUUGCAUAGCACAGAGGAAGGAUCCAGAUGACCCCAUGCUCACAAACAUGGAAUUGGGUAUCGAGAGCAUCGAGAGAUUGGCGGAGAACGGCAGAGUGGUGACGAAGGAGUUGAGAGUGCGGUCCCUACAGAAUUCAAUAAGGCUAUUGAACAUCAUUGCAUCAUUGAAUUCUCCCAAUUCUAGGAAUGGAAACACCUGUGGGGUUCCAAAUGCACACCUCUCAGCUUGCGCGCAGCUCUACCUCGCAAUCAUCUACAAGAUCGAGAAGAACGAUCGGAUCUCCGGACGACAUCUCCUACAAGUGUUCUGUGAUUCGCCUUCCCUCGCACGCACCCACCUGAUUCCUGAUCUUUGGGAGCAUUUCUUCCUUCCCCAUCUACUGCAUUUGAAGGUAUGGUACAAUAAAGAAGUUGAAUUCAUAUCAAAUUCGAAUUCGGGCGACAAAGACAGGGUGAUGAAACUCCUAAGUAAGGCUUACAACGAUCGGAUGGAUAUGGGCACUGCCCAAUUUGCACUUUACUACAAGGAGUGGCUUAAGGUUGGAGUGAAAGCGCCCUCCGUUCCUUCCGUUGAUCUACCAUCGAGAUCGUGUUAUGAUUUCUCGAGGAAACAGUCAGUGUCAAUGGGUUCGCGGCCGCCGUCCAUCAAUAAAAGCUUAUAUAAAACUGUUUUCGGCCCUUCCUUUGAACGGGCAAUGGAGGAAUGCAAAGGGAAGAACUGCGAUUUCUUCAAUGAAGAUGGUGAAGUUGGUCCUUUUUCUGUUGGAAGAGAUGUGUUUGCAGAGGAAGGGCUGAGAGUCGAAUCGGAGAAACGCAAGCUCAGUGACUCUGUUCAUAGCAACAUCAGAUGCAAUCAGCGAUUGUCUUUCCAGUUACAUCAAAACCCAAGAUCUGAAUCCGACUACUUCCGCUUCUUCAUGUGCCGUAGCGAGCCAGUCACCGGUGCAGCCCACCAGAGCAGCACACGCAAGAACGGAUCAAUAACAAAAGAACCCAACACCCAUGUUUCUCUAUCCAAUAUCAGCAAUGCCAUUACCACCAUUUCCUCAUCCGAUAGCCUGACCGACUGUGAGAUUGCAAUCCGUAUGGUCGCAAAGACAUGGUUGGACUCACAUGGAGAUCCCAUUGUAGAAACAGCACUAUCCAAGGAAUCCGUAAUCGAGGGGUUGCUAGAAAUCAUGUUUUCUUCUGACAAUGAUGAGAUCUUAGAACUAGCAAUCUCGUUGCUUGCGGAAUUGGUAGUGAGGAAUGAGGCAAAUAGGCAGAUUGUUUUGAAUGCAGAUCCACAGCUCGAAAUCUUCAUGAAAUUACUAAGGAGUAGUAUUCUUUUCCUCAAGGCUGCUGUGCUUCUGUAUCUUCUGAAACCAAAGGCGAAACAGAUGCUGUCGCCGGAUUGGGUGCCAUUAGUUCUACGGGUGUUUGAAUUCAGUGAUCGCCUACAAACGCUGUUCACAGUGCAAUGCAGCCCGCAGGCAGCCGUAUUCUAUUUGAUGGGUCAGCUUCUGACAGGCUUCGACGUUGAUAGGAAUGUGGAGAAUGCCAAACAGGUGGUGUCGCUUGGGGGGCUGAAGUUGCUGAUCCGACGGCUCGAAUUGGGUGAUUCGUUCGAAAGGAAGGUCACCGUUUCGCUUUUGAUGGCUUGCAUCCAAGCAGACGGAAGCUGCAGGCAUUACUUAGCCAGCAAUAUAAAGAAGUCUUCUAUACUCGAAUUGCUACUCGGAAGCCAGAGGAAGUCGAGUGCAUACACUCUUUCAUUGCUGAUCGAGCUCAUCUGUCUUAAUAGAAGAACUCAGAUCAACAAGUUUUUGAAUGAACUGAAGAAUGAGGGUUGCUUGAAUGCAAUGCACAUCUUGUUGGUCUAUCUCCAGCGGGCCCCACCUGAACAACGCCCGUUGAUCGCAGUUGUUCUAUUACAGCUUGAUCUGCUGGGAGAUCCUUCACAGAGCAGUGUAUAUAGAGAAGAAGCCGUGGACGCCAUUGUAACAGCUCUAGAUUGCGGCCCACAUGAUGAGAUGAUCCAAGAACAGUCAAGCCGGGCUCUUUUGCUCUUGGGCAGCCGUUUCUCUUACACGGGAGAGCCAUCAACCGAGCAAUGGCUGCUUAAGCAAGCUGGAUUGGAUGAUGUGCCUUCAGAUUCUUUCAGCAGCAAGGAGAUAGUCAUUAAAGAAAUCACCCAAUUGGAGGAAGAAGAAAAUGCGACAGAAGAUUGGCUAAGGAAGGUGGCCACUAUCUUGCUGACGAGUGGCAACAAACGAUUCGUGACCGUUCUUUCGAAGUCUAUAGCCAAUGGUAUUCCACGCUUGGCACGAGCAUGCCUAGUCAUUGCUGCGUGGAUGAGCGGCUCAAUCUCAUCAAUCCAGAAUGCUAAUAUCCGGUCGAUGACAGCAGCGAUUCUCGUCCCUCGAUUAAUGGAGAGUUUGAAUUAUGAUAGAGCACUAGAAGAGAGAGUUCUUGCUUCACUAUCACUGUUGAAUUUUGUUAGGAAUUCAGAUUGUUUCUCUAUGAUUGCUCCAUUGGAUGAAGAGUUUGUGGGCCCACUACAGAAUCUGGCUCAGGUGACAUGGACAGCGAAGGAGCUUCUAUCGAUGGCUAGGAUCGAUUCGACAUUUGAGAUCAAGCUCUAGUAAUUACACUAAGUGAAGAGACUAUGCCAGCAUUGAAAGGAGUAUAUAUGUUAUCAAAAUAAGCUCAUAUGAAGGUUAUUUUUGUGAUUUGUUGAGUGUCUAGAGAUGGUUGGAUGUGCAUAUGCCAUUCCUAGGUGUAAGGUCUGGGUAGUUUUGUCAUUUUAUUUUUGUAAAGUCAAAAGGGUGUUUUUGUGAGUAGAAAAGGAGAUGUUUGGUAAGAGUUACUAAAGAUGUAUGUGAUUUUCAUUUUUUCAUGUGAAAAGCAUUUGUAUUGCAGCA